UCAAACGUCUUAAAACUACGUCGGUUCUAGCUUGCCCAUUUCUUUAUAUAGCAUACUCAAUCCCAUUUAUUGAAGUAUUUCACAAUCUCAAACACAGAAAAAAGAAAAAGAAGAAGAAAAGAAAAGAAAACUUAAAGAAGACAAUAAGACAUGCCUUGCGCGGUUGCAAUACCAAAUUCACCCAUCUUUUCUCCAACUAAUGUCUCUUCAAUUUUUUUCAAGUCUCAAGCUUCUUCGUGUUCUUCUCCCAGACUCGUCAAAGUUCAAUGUUCUGGUUCAGUUUCAAGUUCAACUACUCAAUCCACAACAUCUUCGCCUUUAGCUGGUCGAGUUCAGAGAAAGACAACACCUUCUUCAAAUAUGGGUCUCGGCUCGUGUACGGGUGAGGUUCUGAAGAGGAAGAGACCGUCGAGGAUUAAUAUUCCGAUGGCGUCUUUGAGUUUUACUAUUGAUUCUCCCAAAGGCUCUUCUGACGUGGUGGAGGAUGAGUCUGAUGGGUAUUCGGUUUAUUGUAAGAGAGGUAGGAGGGCUGUAAUGGAGGAUCGCUACUCGGCCAUCGUUGACCGCCAGGCAGAGUCUAGACAGGCAUUUUUUGGUGUAUUUGAUGGGCAUGGAGGGGUGGGUGCUGCAGAAUUUGUAGCAAAGAACUUAGACUCAAAUAUAGUAAACCAAUUGAAGAAAGGCAAUGAAGAUGAUAUUGGGGAAGCUGUCAAAGGCGGAUACCUCACUACAGAUAAGGAUUUUCUAAAGGAAGGUGUCAAUGGUGGUACUUGCUGUGUCACUGCAUUAAUACAAAAGCAUAACCUGGUGGUCUCAAAUGCUGGUGAUUGUCGUGCUGUUAUGAGCAGAGGAGGGGUUGCUGAGGCCCUUACAACCGAUCACCGGCCGUCGAGAAAAGAUGAAAAGGAGCGAAUUGAAAAUCUGGGUGGUUAUGUUGAUUGUUGCAAUGGUGUUUGGAGGAUUCAGGGUUCACUUGCUGUGUCAAGAGGUAUUGGAGAUCGACAUCUUAAAGAAUGGGUUAUAGCCGAACCAGAAACCAAAGUCUUGGAGAUUAAGCCCGAAUGCGAGUUUUUGAUCUUAGGCUCAGAUGGACUGUGGGACAAGGUUACCAAUCAGGAAGCAGUAGAUAUAGUUCGCCCUUUAUGCAUAGGUGUGGACAAGCCGGAGCCACUCUCUGCUUGUAAAAAACUAGUUGAGCUAUCAGCAAAAAAAGGCUCAAUUGAUGAUAUUAGCGUGGUGGUAAUCCAACUACGACAGUUCAUAUCAUGAUUUAACUUUUAGGGUUAGAAGAAGUUUAGAUGAAAAAGAAGGGUGAGUUUUACUUCUGCUGAAGUGUAAAUUUGUUUGUUUGGCAAGGAACUUGCAGCCUAAGAAAGCAAGAAAACUCCUUCGGCCUCAGGAAUGGCCUGGUUCUUCCUUUCAUACUAUAUGCAUACAUAUAUAGAAAAUGCUUCACCUUCAGAUGUUUCCCUUUCCCAAAUGUGAAUGACAGCCUUCAAUUUCAUCUGAGAUUUUGCCUCAACAAGUAGGAAAAUUUUCAGAAUCAAAUUAGCGUAAUUAUAAUUGUAACCCUUUACAAAGUAAUAGCAGUAUAGCAUAUUGAUGUUCAGUA